AUGGGCGAACAAAUGGACUUUCUGUCCAAAUUCAUCACUACCCACCGAGUGCCCGAAGAUGCCCGCCAACAUUUCGCAUCCAUCGAAUGGACCAACAAGUACCUGUCCGACCCUCUCUAUAAAGCCAUCCCGACCUUCUCUCGCGCCCCCAAGGAGUCUGGCGAAGACUAUUUCUUCUCCCACACUAUCAGCUCCCCUUCCACUAUUCCGCACCUGAUCACGCUGCAAUUGAAGGACUACCAAACCCCUCCAGAAAGCGUAAAAGGACAAUUGGAAACAAGGCAGAGUCAUACCGAGGUGGCCAAAGUCCCCGAGAAACCGGACUGUAUCAUAUUGUUGGAACUGGGACGGCCAGGUCUGGACGGCCACCCCGCAGUCAUCCACGGAGGCAUGGCCUGCGCCAUUCUCGAUGAGAUGAUGGGUCUUUGUGUGAUGCUUCACCAGCAACACAUCUCCGGACCCAGAGAUUCGCUCUUCACCGUCAGUCUGAACGUAACUUACCGUGCACCUGUUCCUACUCCAGGCGACGUCCUCGUCAGAUGCUGGCUGGUAGGAAGAGAAGGUCGCAAAUGGUUGUCGCGAGGCCAAAUCGUCGAUAAAGACGGUCUAGUCAUGACCGAAGCAGAGGGACUGUGGGUGCUAGCCAAACGACAAGAAAAAUUAUAA